ACCUCUUGCAUUUAACUUGUACUACCACUGCUAUAUAUAUUCACCUUCAACAAACUCUUUCUCCACAACAAAACCAUCUGCCUAAGUUUCAAUUUGAUCACGAAAAAAGUUUUCAGAAUAUUCAAGAUGUCUACUUGCUCCAGUACUGAAGGUCAAGUGAUACGCUGCAAAGCUGCUGUGGCAUGGGGACCAGGGAAGCCACUGGUAAUUGAGGAAGUUGAGGUUGCACCACCCCAGGCAAUGGAAGUUCGCCUGAAGAUCCUCUUCACUUCCCUUUGCCAUACUGAUGUUUACUUCUGGGAAGCAAAGGGGCAGACCCCAGUGUUUCCUAGAAUAUUUGGUCAUGAGGCUGCAGGGAUAGUGGAAAGUGUUGGUGAGGGUGUGACGGAACUCAAACCUGGUGAUCAUGUGCUUCCUGUAUUCACAGGAGAGUGUAAGGAAUGCAGACACUGCAAGUCAGAGGAGAGCAAUAUGUGUGACCUCCUCAGGAUCAACACUGAUAGAGGAGUGAUGCUUAAUGAUGGGAAGUCAAGAUUUUCAAUAAACGGGAAACCAAUUUAUCAUUUUGUUGGAACUUCCACUUUCAGUGAAUACACUGUGGUACAUGUUGGCUGUGUUGCAAAGAUCAAUCCUGAAGCUCCACUUGAUAAAGUUUGUGUUCUCAGCUGUGGAAUCUCCACAGGUCUUGGUGCUACCUUGAAUGUUGCAAAGCCAACGAAGGGCUCAACAGUUGCAAUUUUUGGACUAGGAGCUGUUGGUCUUGCUGCUGCUGAAGGAGCUCGAAUUGCUGGUGCAUCAAGAAUCAUUGGGGUUGAUUUGAACUCCAACCGAUUUGAAGAAGCCAAGAAAUUUGGUGUAACGGAGUUUGUGAACCCAAAGGACUACAACAAGCCUGUGCAAGAGGUUCUUGCAGAGAUAACAGAUGGGGGUGUAGACCGCAGUAUUGAAUGUACUGGAAGUAUCAAUGCAAUGAUCUCUGCAUUUGAGUGUGUUCAUGAUGGAUGGGGUGUUGCUGUACUUGUUGGAGUACCAAAUAAGGAUGACGCAUUCAGAACUCAUCCAAUCAAUGUCCUGAAUGAGAAGACACUCAAGGGAACAUUUUUUGGCAAUUAUAAACCGCGCACUGACCUUCCUUCGGUGGUUGAGAAGUACAUGAAUAAGGAGCUUGAACUUGAGAAGUUUAUCACCCAUGAAGUGCCUUUCUCAGAGAUCAACAAGGCAUUUGAGUACAUGCUCAAAGGAGAGGGCCUGCGCUGCAUUAUACACAUGGGAGCAUAGUAGUGCGGCAUCCCUGGCAAAGUAGACGAAUCAAAUAAUUAGCUAAAUUUGAUACGUUGGAAUCAUCAUCUUUUCACCUGUACCAGAAAAGUACCUUGUAACUCAACUUUAUUUCCAGUUUUGUAUACAUAAAUAAAGACCUUUAAAUCA